AUGUCUUUCCAACAAAGUGAAACGGUGCCCGUUCCGGCUCAAUCCUCCCUAUCUUUCACGCAGGGGUUUUUGCUUGGGCAGCUGUCCGUGGUGCUGUUGAUCGGAGCCUUCAUCAAGUUCUUCAUUUUCGGCGAAGCUCCUCCGCCGCCCUCCCGCGGCCUUUCACAUCGAGCCUCUACCCAUCGGCGUUCCAAUUCCAUCUAUACAAUUAACCCUAACGAGGCCAAUAACCGGUCAUUGAGGGAGAAGCCGUCGAAUUCGAACGUUCUCCGUCCGGUGCCUUCCUCCUCGACGAAUACCCGCUCUAUCCUCCGCAAAACCUACUACAGCGCCAUUCCUACAAAUCCCUCGAAACAUGGCAGGCAUAAGAUUCAUCAUUCGUCGCAUCAGCCAGAGUCUCUGGACUGGUUCAAUGUGUUGAUCGCCCAGACUAUUGCUCAAUACAGACAAACAGCGUACUCGUUGAAGGACUCUCCGACCUCGUCCAUCCUCAGCUCGCUCAAUGCCUCCCUCAACAAUCCCGAGAAAAAGCCGUCUUUCAUAGACAAUAUCAACGUCACAGAUAUCUCGCUUGGUGAAGAAUUUCCCAUCUUCAGCAACUGCCGUAUCAUUGCUGUCGAUGACCCCAAUUCCGAUGGCGGGAGACUCCAAGCCCUGAUGGACGUCGACUUGAGCGACGACAACUUGUCAAUCGCCAUCGAAACUUCCUUGCUGCUUAAUUAUCCUAAGCCGUGCUCCGCGAUUCUCCCUGUGGCACUUUCUGUUUCUGUUGUCCGGUUUUCGGGCACUUUAUGUAUCUCUCUUGUUCCCGCGUCCACCCCUCCCCUCCAUACUCCCUCCCCAUCCCCAUCCCCUCCCACCGCUGAUGAUGGGAACUCGCGCGGCAAGGCAACCGGAGCCGCCAACGCACAAGCGGCCGACGAGGAAGCUGAUGGACUUCCACCAAAGUCCAGCCCGAAGAGCAAUGUUGCAUUCUCUUUCCUUCCGGAUUACCGGCUGGAUCUCUCCGUUCGAUCCCUCAUCGGCUCCCGGAGCAGGCUCCAGGACGUGCCUAAGGUGGCUCAGCUAGUGGAAGCUCGUGUGCACGCGUGGUUCGAGGAGCGAGUGGUCGAGCCCCGAGUGCAAGUAGUCGGGCUGCCUGAUCUAUGGCCCCGCAUGGGGCGGACCGGUGUCCGUACCGGUGACGACUCGGAAACCGGCUCGAACGCAGCAUCUCGGAGUGCCAUGUCGGCUGAUCUUGGAGAUCAUCAUUUGGGGGAUCGAGAACCCGAGGGCCUACGGUUCCGGGGUGGACUUGCUUCACGGCCCCAGUUCGAUAGCGUCUCGCGAACGAGCAGCUACAACGUCGAGACAGGGGACCUGCGCAGUCCCAGCUUGGUCCGAGAGGAGAGUUCAGGAGCGCUUAGCGAACAAUUUCAGAUGCCUGGCUCUUUGUCCGGCGCGGCUGCUCGCUGA